AUGCCAACUAUUAAAGGUUUUGAAAAAAAGAAAGGUUUUCGCUUUUUCUUUACUUCGCAUGACCGAGGAGAAAAACCUCAUAUUCAUGCCGAAGGUUCGGGAGGAAUUAUGAAAGUCUUAUUAAAGGAUUUAUCGGUUGAAUAUUCACGAGGACUAACUUAUACCGAGGAAAGAAAAAUCUUAGAAAUCCAAAAGCAGGCUAAUUUAUUAAAUUUUCACUCUAAUUCUGAAAACCGAUUCCAACUCACUAAAUUAGAGCAAGAAAGAAACCAUUACCAAACCCUUUACCAAAAAAGGGUAGAAAAAGAUUUAGCCGCCGACCAAAGCGAAAAAAUUAAGCAACUUACCCUAAAUAUUCAAGAUUUAAAAAAUAAUUUAGCCGGAGAAAAAACAGAAAAUAAUCUUUUUCAGCAAAAAGUAAGCGAUUUAGAAAACUCUUUAUUUUCUUUGGCAAAAAGUAAAUUAAAAGGCAAAGUCGAAUAUUUAAAAUUGCAAAAUAAUAAUAUUAUGGUAACUUUACAAGAAUAUUUGGAGCAAAAGUAUCCGACUAAGGAGGAUAAGGAGGGGUUAGAUUUAAGGGAGUUUAAGAAUUUGGAGAAAUUGGUAGUUGAUAAUUCAAAUAUAACCAAAUUAAAUGUUAGUGGUUUGGUUAAUUUAAAGGAAUUAGAUUGCUCUGAUAAUAAUCUCGCCUCCAUAGACUUCUUAAACCAAUUACCUAAUCCCGAAAAGUUAAAAAAUUUAGAGAUUUACAGUAACAAUAUCCAACCCACCGAUAUUGAGAUAUUUAGUAAAUUUGUUAAUUUAAGAAGAUUACAAAUAGGAACUACGAAAUAUGGUUUAGAAAAAGGCAAACACAAUAAAUUCUACGGCUCUCUUAAAUCUUACCAAAAUUUAACCAGACUUGAACAAAUUUGUAUUGAAGCCACCGAUGUAAACGAAGGAUUAGAAUAUUUACCAGAGAAAACUAAAAUCACCCAAACCAAACAAGAAUUAGACACAGUAAAAGCCCGAGAAGCCGACAAAACCGCUAAAAUUACUCGCUUAGAAAAUAAACUAAAUUUUUUAGAGCAAACUAAAACUCGCUUAGAAACUGAACUAGCCCAAGAACAGCAACAGCAUAAUCAGACUAAAACUAAUUUCCAGUCCCAAUUACGGGACUUAGCCACCAUACUUUAUCCCGAUAGCCCUUUUCCUACUAAUAUUAAUUUUGCUGAUUUUAAAGGUUGGGUCGAAGAAACUGUCCAAGAAGCUGAUAAAGAAAAUAUUAUCAAUCUCCAAGCAGCCUUAGUCGAAGAAAAAGAAGCUCGCCAAAGAAGUUUUGAAAAUGUCAAAGCCCAAUACAGAAAAGUUUUCGAAAGGAAUAAUAAGGAAACAGAACUAGUUCAACAAAAAAAUAAAGAGUUAGCAACCAAAAUCUCAGAACUAGAAAUCUCCUCCCGAAAUCAAACUGAAUUAACUGCCAAACAAAUCACCCAACUAGAAACCAGCAAUCAGCAAUUAUUAAAACUUCUCCAAGCCACUGAGCAAGAAUUAACUAAUACCAAAAACCAACUAACUCAAAUUCAAGCAAAAUUAACCCAUUUAGAACAACAAAAGACUCAAACCAACCAAACCAUUACUAAUUUAGAAAGUCAAAUUGAAGUUAAAAAAGGUGAAUUACAGCAAGGAAAAGAUACCAACAAUAAAUUAUUCUCAGAACUAACCACUGCUAAAAAUCAAUCAACUACUAACCAAGAAAAAAUUAAGCAACUCCAAUCUAAAAUCAAACUCUUAGAACAGCAAAAAGAGACUUACCGAACUAAAUAUGAUAAAUCGGUUGAAUUUAUUAGAGAAAUCCGAGAAGAUAUUGCUAAAAUGAGUUAUCGCAAGGAACUGCGUAGAAGUCUGAGGGAUUUAGAUGCCGCUACUUCUCUGAAAGAUUUAUCGGCUCUUCCUGGUAAUCGUUUAAGAAAGUUAGAAGAACCAAUUCACCCGGGGGAAAUGUUAAGAGAAGAGUUUUUAAUCCCCGCUAAACUCACUCCUCAAAAAUUAGCCCAAGGAGUUAACAUUCCGGUCGAAGAAAUAGAAGAUAUUUUAGAAGAAAAAAAAGAUUUGUCAACUGAUAUGGCUUGUCUUGGCUUGCGAAUUAGCGAAGCCAUUAAUUUUGAUUUAAAUUUAGAACACCAGCAAGCCGAAUAUAAAAAUCUAUAUCUUUUACGCGGCAAAAGAGAUAAAGAACGCAAACUAAAAAAAGAAAUGAAUAUUGCCCAAAAUAUUGAAUUAUCACUCCAUACUCUCCGCAGAUGCUUUGCUACCCACCAAGCCAUUUCCGGAAUGCCUUUACCAGUUUUGCAAAAAGUAUUAGGGCAUAGCAAAGUAUCUACUACCGCUUUAUAUAUUCGGGAUGGCGAUUUAGGAAAUUUGCAUUUGAAUAUUGAACCUUUAUCAGUAGCCAAGUAUUUUUAUGGAAAAGGUGUAGAAAAUUUUUCAAUUAAUCAGGAUUUAAUCUAUCUUGCUUAUUUGGAAGCCCUCAAAGAUGAAGAUUUAGACAAUGAACUAGCCAUUAGUUAUGCUGAUGAGGAUGCUCGCAAGUCGCUUAAAUCAGAAAGAGAAAUUUCCAUUCGGGCUUUUGGUGAAUUUAAUGAUUUGACUUUUAAAGAGAUUAGCCAAAGUCGCAAUUGUCACUUUGUAAAUUAUAAAACAGAGUUAUCCAUCCCUAACACUGAAAUUCGUUUAAUUGGUGCUUUACAACCCAACUACUUUCAUGCCAAAGAAAAAGCCUACAACGACUUAUUCUCAGUUCUUUUCAUUGACUUCGACCACUCUUUACAUAAAAAUAUUAGAAAAACAAAGACGAAGGAGCAAGAAUUAAUCUGCAUUAUGGAAGAAAGAGAUUGUAAUUAA